GCCCCAGACCCGACCCCCGCCCCCGCCGCGCCCGCCGCCGCACUUGUCCCACUGCGCGCCCCCUGGAGCGCCGCGCCCCCCUGGGACCCUUGCGCGCCCCAGGUCCCCAGCAUAACCUCGGGAUCCCCGUGCGCCCCGGAAUCCCGGUACUGCCCCAGGAACCCCGCGCGCCCCUGGACCGAGACGCAGCUCCGGGACCUCCGCGCGCCCCGGGACCCCCGCGCACUCUCAGAACCCCGGGGCUCGGCCAACGGAGCUGCGCGCCCUGGUGAGGGGGCCCCGCCCCAGAGGGUCCCCUUCUUCCAACAGACGGAGCCCCGCCCCAGAGGGACCCCCAGGUUCGGCAGGGACAUCCAGCCACGCCCCACAGGGCUCCCAGCAUCCCGCGGCUGGAGCCCCGCGCUCUAGAGGAACCUCCGUGCUCAGCUGGGGACUCCCCGCCCCGGGGAGGGGGCGCCGCCCAGGAGGGUCCCCCGCGCCCCGCGGGCCCCGGCAGGAUGCACGCCGCCCUGGCGGGGCCGCUGCUCGCCGCCUUCCUCGCCACCGCCCGCGCCCGCCCGCAGCCCCCGGACGGAGGACAGUGCCGGCCGCCCGGAUCGCAGAGGGACCUGAACUCCUUCCUGUGGACCAUUCGGCGCGACCCCCCGUCCUACCUGUUUGGCACCAUCCAUGUCCCUUACACCCGGGUCUGGGACUUCAUCCCAGAUAACUCCAAGGCGGCCUUCCAGGCCAGCGCCCGCGUCUACUUCGAGCUGGACCUGACGGACCCCUACACCAUCUCGGCACUGGCCAGCUGCCAGCUGCUGCCACACGGGGAGAACCUGCAGGACGUGCUGCCUCGCGAGCUCUACUGGCGCCUGAAGCGCCACCUGGACUAUGUGAAGCUGAUGAUGCCCUCGUGGAUGACGCCCGCGCAGCGGGGCAAGGGGCUCUACGCCGACUACCUGUUCAACGCCAUCGCCGGCAACUGGGAGCGCAAGAGGCCCGUGUGGGUGAUGCUCAUGGUGAACUCACUCACGGAGACUGAUGUGCGCUCCCGAGGCGUGCCCGUGCUGGACCUCUACCUGGCCCAGCAGGCCGAGAAGAUGAGGAAGAGCACCGGGGCCGUGGAGCGGGUGGAGGAGCAGUGCCAUCCGCUCAACGGGCUCAACUUCUCCCAGGUGCUGUUUGCCCUGAACCAGACCCUGCUGCAGCACGAGAGCGUGCGGGCCGGGAGCCUGCAGGCGCCCUACACCACGGAGGACCUCAUCAAGCACUACAACUGCGGGGACCUCAACGCCGUCAUCUUCAACCAUGACACGUCCCAGCUGCCCAACUUUAUCAACACCACCCUCCCACCACACGAGCAGGUGACGGCCCAGGAGAUCGACAGCUACUUCCGCCAGGAGCUCAUCUACAAGAGGAAUGAGCGGAUGGGGAAGAGGGUCAUGGCGCUUCUGCAGGAGAACGAAGACAAGAUCUGCUUCUUCGCCUUCGGAGCAGGUCACUUUCUGGGGAACAACACCGUCAUCGACGUCCUCCGGCAAGCAGGGCUGAAAGUGGAGCACACGCCCGCGGGGCAGACCAUCCACAGCCUUGCCGCCCAGAGCCCAGUGCCCACUCUCGAGGGGACCUCUGCGAGCCCGGCCCCCGUGACCCCAGCCGCUGCCAUCCCCACAGCGCCCUCGGCGACCCCCACCGCCCCGCCCGAGGAGGAGGACCCAGCGCUGUCCCCACAUCUCCUGCUCCCUGAUAGCCUCAGCCAGCUGGAGGAGUUCGGGCGGCAGAAGAAGUGGCACAAGAGGCAGAGUAAACACCAGCGGCCACGGCAGUUCAACGACCUCUGGGUCCGCCUCGAGGACAGCACCACAGCCUCGCCGCCCCCGCUGCCCCUGCAGCCCACGCCCAGCCCUGGGACUGCCAAGCCCCUCUUGCAGCUCUCCGACCAGCUCCAGCAGCAGGAAGAGCCGGGGCUCGCCAGCGGCUCUGCGCCCUGCUGCUUACGGCCCCCCCUGGGCCUACUCCCGGCCAUGGCUGCCAGCAUCGCGGCGCCCCUCCUGCUGCACAGCCUCGGGCCCUCCUGACCUCGGCCACCCCGGGCGGAGAAGCCAGAGAAACCAUCAGAGGGUCUGCAGCCGCACCCCACUGCCCCUGCCACCACCUCCAGGGGUGCCUGACACCUCUCGGGCAGUCCAGACAGGAUCCGUUAGAAAACUAGAGCUUUAUUAUACCUGUGUUACAUCUUCUUUUUUGUAGAAGGAUCUUAAUUUCCCAUAGUGCUAUGGGGCUCUUUUGUAAAAUUUGUGUCCAUAUUAAAAAAGAAAAAUGUAUUUAUUCUACUGAUAAAACUAUUUUUAUGUGGCCUAUGUUAAUAACCCCUUAAUUAGCCCCAAUGCCAACCCAGGUUGCCAGGACCUCUGCAACCUCAGGCGGACCGUGGCUUUGAACUGGCUUACUCCAGGAUCAGCGGCAGCAUCCGGUGUCCAGGUUUAGCUUCUCCCUCCAUGGGGGCCUCAGAGGGACGGGGAGGCAGACAGCCUUAGCUUUUGUGAAGCUGGAUUUGGGAGCCAGAGAUGUGAAUGCUGCCCAUCCUUCCCUCCCCCGGGUGCUUCCUAGGGCUGGGAAGAUAGCUUAGGAAAGAGAAUGCUGCUAUUUUGAAAACUCUGAGUGUCUGUGAACUGGCCCUCCAGAACUCUUGGUAAGUGUUUUGACCAAAGCCCUGGAGUGGGGAGAAGGAUUGGGUGCUGAGGGAGGUGGUCCCCAGCCCAUGUGACAGACAGAGUGAGAUGCAAAGAGAGGGAGAUGGUUGCCCAAGGUCACACAGCAAGUGGGAGAUCAAGGAUGUGAGCCUCUCUGUUCUGGUAUCGUUAAUCCAGCUCGCCUUACAGGAGAGGCUGUUGAAGUCACGGCCAAACGGAAUGAGCUGGGCCGACGGACAGGAGGGGGCACAGAAGGGCAGUUUUAGGGCCAGGGAGGGGCUCUAGGAGUCAUGUGGGAAUAAUAGCCGUCUGAGAGCUGCCAUUUGUCCAGGACCUGCUGCGUGGCAGGCACUUUGCACAUUUACUUUGUCACUGAUCCUCACGCCCAUUCUGUGAGAUGUGUAUCCUAUUUCACAGAUGAGGAAACUGAGCCUCAAUAAGGCAUGAAGGGACUUGCUCAAGGUCACCCAGCUGGGACAUAGCCCCAGAAACAUGUGAUUCAGAAGCGGUACUUGUUUCCUGGACCGUAUUCUGCUGUGUUCUCCCCAUACAGGGAGGCUCCCAGAGGGGCAGCUCUCACCCAAAUGGGCCAGCAUGCUCCCUACUCCAGCCAGAGAGCCUGUUUGGCCACACUUACUCAUGUCGGUCCCUCUGGCCAAAGGGCUCUGGCAACAGCGUGUGCCACGUGUCUCAUGCCCCGACGUGUCUUAUCUUAGAGCCGGUGAGAGGCCUUCCUGCCAAAUCAGAGGCUGGGGGCCGGGGACCGGGGGAGGCAGAGCAGCCAAAUGGAGGCAAGCAGGCCUCAGAGAGACCGACCUAGUUCCUCUGCCCCCGACGUGGUGGCCGAGAAGGCAGAGGACCCAGGUUGGCUGCCUUCCAGCCCCAAACCCUCAGAGGGUUAGCAGCUCAUCAUUUACAGGGUCCUGGGACCCAAGAGCAGAAAGAACCCCUUACUUGACAAAUAAUGACAGUAAGAGAAAGAAUAAAGUCAAGUGGGGAGGCAUUUCCCCAAGGCUGCACGGCGGGCAGGUCUGCUGACUUCCAGCCCAGUGCUCUCAGCGUCACUGCACCGUGGGUUUCCCUGGCAGGGCUGGUUGUAGCUGAUCAGCCUCAGUGCCAUCAUGCCCAGCGUGGCAGCUGUCUCCCUUCUGAGAUGGGAGAAUUCUGGGCAGCUCGUUGGAUGGUCAGAGGUCCCAUGGGCAUCUUGGCCGGCAGUUGAAUUCUUUUCAGCUCAGCCACGAUGGAUGUGUUUGAGCCUGAGACCUGGCAGGAGCCCUGUGAGAGUCCAGCCAGCCCCAUGGGUACCAUGCUGUAAACUGAACUUGACCCCAGCCAGGGCUGGAGUCCUUGUAUCCUUGGCAGAAACGUGACUUCCUGGUUCUGAGCAGGAAGGGGCUUAGCUGACUAGAAAGAGGCUCAGAAGGCCUGUUGCACAUCAAACAGAUCGUGCGAAGUGCUGUUGGGAUGAGAUAAGUGUGCAGGAAUUAGAAACACACAGGCCAGGUUCCCCUCUGUUCGGGGCAGAGUGUGGCAUGAGAGGUAUUGAGACAGAGCUUGAGGUUAAUUAAAGAUGAAGCGUUUGGGUAAACAGCCCAGGCACCUGACCGCGUGCCCAGAGCUGUGCCAGGCACGGGGCCAAAGAGGUAGAUUAACUCAGGGUGUGAUUAUCCAGCACACGCAGUGCCAGGCUCUGUGUCGGGGCCAAGUCUAGCCGCCUUUCCGAGCCUCGAGGAGCUCGUCAUCAGGAUGGAACAAGUGGCCCAAUCCUAGGCUCCUAGAGGGAACUUCAGAGGUUAUCCUGUCCAGGCCCCCGACCGCAGGCAGGUUCAGCCCUAGUCUUCCCCAGAUCCCUCCUCUGGGCAGAUGGGGGGAUUCAAACUCUCCCUCAACCCAGCACCCGAGUGUUUAAAGAAAGAUGGAUGGGCAACAGGCAGAUGGACUGACUUAUUAGGUAGACAUGUGCCGAGGGGACAGCCAGAGCCAGUGUGGGUCAGAUGUCUGCAGCCUAAGUUUGCUGAUCCCUGAGGACCACCCUCUGGCCGGGGUUUGAAAUGAACUGAACUUGCUGACUUAUGUCCCAGAAGUCCUGAAGCACAUAUAAAGGAAUCUGUAUGGCUGGGGCCCUUGAAUUCUCUCAUCCUGGGCCAGGGAAACACCAUUCCAUCAGCAGCCACUCAUGCACUUGGAAUGAUCUAUCCCCUACUGCUGACAUUUUUUCCAGCACAUUCUAUGUGCCUAGUCUAGUAAAAUGCCCCUGUUCUCUGAGAGCAUUGUGUACAUCUCACAGGGCUUUCAUGUGUGACCUUGAGACAGGCAAGGAAGAUGGAAGGACUGAGACCCAGCAGGUGAGGUGACCUGCCUGAGGUUAGGCAGUGUGUUAGUGGUGGCCCUAGGUCCUUGUCUCUCAGGAAAGCUGACUGAAUGACCAAGGGGCCUUCUGGGGCUAGUCAGUAUGGCCCUGUCUUCCAGUCUUCUUCCAGACUGGUCUGAUGCACCAGCAGCCAGUUGAAGGCAGGGACAGCGGAGGUGUUUGAGUCAGGCUGCAGGGAGAUGCAGAGGGCCCCUCUAGCUUUGAGAUUCAAAGAUCUGGAGUGUACAGAGCACGGAAACUUUUACUGACUGGCAAAUUUGCCUUUGCACUGCAAGACUGAGCAGAUUUUUCUUGUGCUGAAUGUUCUGUCGUCUACUUCCUGGCCUCAGCUAGGCUUGGGCAAGCCUAGGGGCUCAGGACGCUUGUCCCACCGUCCCAGCCUCCAG